AUGAAGGCGUUCCGGAUCGGCCGGAAGCCUGCGGGUCUCUGGCCCAAUAUGCUACCGCCAAUCAGAGGUGGCGUCUACCGCAAGGCCGACUCAACCCCUUCCUCUUUGGGCGACUCGAUGCCUACCUGCCCUGUCAUCGUCGAGCCCGCCGUCGCCGAUUACUCCGAUGAUGCUGCCACGGACUCUGACUCGGACUCGAGCAGGGCCCGUGGUUCCGAUGAUGCUGGCCGUCUCAGCCCUGGCCUCGACCGGGCCUCCCUGGCCUCGUCUGUCACAUCUGAUUGUGGCAGCGACGAUGAGAUCGAGAUCCAAAAUGCAAAGGAUCUCGAUGUUUCCGCCCUGUCGGGUCUGCGGAAGCGGACGGUCCCGUCGUCCGUCGAAGGUGCUGCCGUGAACAAGGGCAUGCCUCCCGGCGAAUGGGCCCGCAAGCUGUCUCCCCUCGAGUACACCGACUGGGCCAUCCAACAAGAGGUUGAACGUGAGGCUGCCAUGUAUCCCUCCGUCGACAUGGCCACACAGCAAGACAUUAUCCAGAAGUACCGUGCUCUGCACCAGAAGGUCAUCGACGAGGGCCACUACGAUUGUCGGUACACUGAGUACGGCAAGGAAUUGGUCCGCUACACCUCGUUGUUCGCCGCCUUCUUCGUUGCUCUCCGCUAUGAGUGGUACAUCACGUCGGCUUGCUUCCUGGGUCUCUUCUGGCACCAAAUCAUGUUCAGUGCCCACGAUGCUGGCCACCGCGCCAUCACUCACGUCUUCUGGAUCGACACUCUGAUCGCCCUAUUCAUCGCCGACUUUUGCUGCGGCCUGUCUAUGGGAUGGUGGAAGAGCAGCCAUAACGUACACCACCUCAUCACCAACAUGCCCGAGCACGACCCCGAUAUCCAGAACGUCCCCCUGUUCGCCACCUGCAUCUCGUACGCCAAGUCCCUGACAUCGAGCUACUACGACGGCUUCGUCUACGUCUGGGACAAGGCUGCCGACAUCAUGGUUCCAUUCCAAAAGUACACUUACUACCCUGUCAUGGGCAUCGCUCGCUUCAACCUCUACCUCCUGUCCUGGUGCCACGUCCUUUCCAAGAGGUCGUCUGGCCUAGGUAACAGCAAGGCUUGGUGGAUCCGUCCUACCGAGAUUGCCUUCAUGACCUGCUACUGGUUCCUUUUCGGCUACUGCCUCGUCUGGCGUUCCAUCCCCACUUGGACCAUGCGCGUCAUUUUUGUACUCGUCUCGCACAUCAUCACCAUGCCUCUACAUGUCCAGAUCACUCUGUCCCACUGGGGCAUGUCCACUGUCGAACUGAGCGAUGGCGAGUCCUUCCCCCAGCGCCAGCUUCGCACAACGAUGGAUGUAGACUGCCCUGCUUGGCUUGACUGGAUCCACGGUGGCCUUCAGUUCCAGGUCGUGCACCACCUCUUCCCUCGUGUGCCUCGUCACAACCUUCGUCGCGUGCAGGUCCACGUUCGCGAGUUCUGCAAAGAGACAGGCAUCCCUUAUUCUAUCCUUAGCUUUGUCGAUGGUAACAAGAAGGUCAUCGGUCGCCUGAACGACGUUGGCGAGCAGGUUAAGAUGAUGCUCAACUGCCAAAAGUACAUGGCCGAAACUGGCGAGAGCGGGUUGCAUUAG